AUUACUCAGACCCCACCCCAGAGCCAUGUGCCUGUCCCCCGGGACCCAGUGGACUGCCUGGCAUGAAGGUCUGUUUGAACUUGGUCUGUCUUCUGGAGCAACGUCGUGAGGAAGGGAAUCUGUUAAGGAAUAUUCUUAUGUUCGGGAAAUGUUUCAAUACUGGACGUGUCGAAAGAAGAGGUGCAGAAACAUGUCCUGUUUUUAUUGUUUAUCAGACAUCAGUCAAGAGGGGAGCUUUUAAGAUUCUUAUCUGGCAUUAAGGUUAUUAGUUAUGUAUGCAGGUGAAUAAUUGCAGGCCUUUAUAAAGUAUGGUUGGCCUAUACACGUUAUAUACAAUUAAAUCAUACAUAUUUUUACCAAAGUGCUGUUUUGACAAAUAGCUUUUAUCACUUUCAUAGUUUGGAUAGCUGCCCUGCUAAAUUCUUACUUAGUGGUUUUCUCUCUCUUAACGGAUUUUAUACUGACCGUGGAUUAAAUUGGCACUUGUUACUUUAAACAUGGCAGAUCCCUAGCUGCCGCUGUGAGUUAACACAGGUCAGUGGUGUUGGGUUCUGUAUACUUGAAUGUUUGUGUAAAGCAGAACCAGAUUGCCGCUUAGGGUAAAUAGUUGCCCCAGUGGAAAUGUCCUUAACAAGCAACAAAAUGUUUCAUGUCCUUAACGGAUAACACAGUCUCAAUUAAAGAAGCUAACUACACUGAGAGCACCUCAUCAGAGGCUUUAUCUGGGCAACAAGAAUGUUUGAGAAAAAGCCCUCCCUGGUGCGGGGACACGUGUGUUUAUAAGGUCACGCAGACAUGCUUUUACUGCCCGUAGUUACGCACAAAAUGUCGGAGGCAUCGCUGGCUUGCAGAUGUUUUGUCUCCCCACCAACAGACAAUUAAUUGAGGCAGCACAUUCAAGGAAAGCAUCAUUCCAAAUUUCCCAUGGUUUAGUGGUCAAAUUGACAGUGUACAUCCAUGAAAUUAAAACAUAUUACAUACCUGGUCUUGUUAAACAAACGACUUGUUUUCUUUUUUAUUAAUGAUGAUCUUCCCGUUGCCUUCAGGGAGAGCAAGGGGGCUCUGGAGAGCCUGGUAAAACAGGACCAGCUGGUGCUGAGGGUAAGCCUGCUGUUCCGGGUCCCAGAGGACAUCCUGGGCCAACGGGUCCAUCGGGAAAAGAGGGCCCACGGGGGUCUGAUGGGUUUCAAGGGGGAGCUAGGGCCGGCCGGUGCAAUGGGAGAGAGAGGCCAGCCAGGGAUGUCUGGACAGCUCGGGCCACCAGGGGAAAAGGGCUCACCGGGACUCCUGGGCAGAGCAGGGCUGCCAGGACAAGAUGGAAAAGUGGGGGCUGUGGGCAUCCCUGGACCAACCGGGCCAGCGGGUCAUCCGGGAGAGCCGGGUAUACACGGAAGAAAUGGAAUCGACGGGAUUCCGGGGAGGGCCGGACAGAAGGGAGAGGCGGGCGCCAACGGCAUCCCCGGUCUGGACGGACGGGAGGGACACCCAGGAUUACCUGGCCAGACUGGAAUGGCCGGACAAAAUGGACUUAAGGGAGAAGCUGGACCAGCUGGUCCGAGGGGCUUCACAGGAUCAAGUGGCUCACCUGGUCAGAGUGGUUUACAAGGGGAACGAGGUUCUGUUGGACUACCUGGAACCAAGGGGAGCAAGGGAGAGAGCGGAGCCCCAGGACUCUUCGGGAAACCGGGCCAGGAGGGGAAAGCGGGGAGUCCGGGACAAGCCGGGGAGCCAGGUCACCCAGGCAUGCCCGGCCUGAUGGGAAUUAAGGGCCAACGAGGAAGUACAGGAGAAAGAGGAGGAGAGGGAGGUAAAGGGGAGAGGGGAGAGCAUGGACGACCAGGGGAGCGUGGCUCUGAGGGUUCCAGCGGCCUGAAUGGAGAGGGACAACUGGAGACCCAGGACAGAGGGGCCCAGGAGGUCAGGACGGCCGACCCGGACAGCCAGGAGCCGCGGGCCCCCCCGGGUCCCGGGGCGUGCCUGGGACCAGCGGCUCUCAGGGGCCCUCGGGACCAGAAGGCCAACCCGGCAGCGAAACCUCCGACCAGCACAUUAGGCAGAUUUGCAGAGCAAUGCUUGAAGCGGAGCUUCCUGUGCUGUUGCUGA